AUGAAGAUUGACAACGAAUUUUAUCGAAAUCAUAAACGACGAGGAGGUAUCUUUAUUUUUAUUACAGCCUUAGCAAGAAUUUUUGGAUUAAUAACACUUACUGGUUUUGUUUUUGUGACAUAUUUGGAAUGGUUAGGAAUCGGUGCAUGGAACUUUCGAAUAUAUAUUACAAUUGUGACAAUUAUUUUUGCUUAUUUGGAGAUUCUUUGGAUACUUGAUAAGUGUAUAACUUGUUGUAUUUAUUGUUUCCGAAGUGAAGCAUGUUUCUAUUGGGUAUGCUGUGUUCCUAUUGACAAUUGGCUCAAGACAAUCAUUUACAUUGGUUUAUCAAUACCAUUUUUUGUACCAACAUGGCUUUCACCGAUUAUACGAACAGAUGUUAAGACUGUCGGUGCUUUACUUGCAUUUACUGGUAUUUUAUAUUUUAUUAAAACAUUUAAAUAUAAAAGAAUUAAUACUGAUGAACUACUAGAAGAUGAUAGUCUUUUUUAUGAAUCUAAUCCAUCGGCUCGACCAUCAAUGUCAACACAAACUUCAAUUAUGGGAAUAAAUAAUGAUAAUUUAUUAUCAACAUUUACAAUUGAUCACGAAACGGAGAAAAAAUAUUAA